UUUGUCUCAUUGAUAGUCCCGCACCAGUGUGGAAAUCAUAUUAAGAGCCUUUCUACUUUUAAGCGAAAAAUAUUGAGACGGUCAAGGCUUUGCGCUUUAUCCAUGAAUAAGAUUAUAAAAGGAUGUGUUGAUAUUUUUUAUAGCACCAUCCCGUCAUUGAUUGUAAAAAAUUGUUAAUUGGAUACUAACAUGGCUGACCGGCUUACACAAUUGCAAGACACCGUUAAUCAGCAAGCAGAAAACUUCUGCAAUGCCAUUGGUGUAAUUCAACAAACAUCUUUUCCGAGUAAAUUUGUUAAUUUUGAACGUAUCGGACCCCAAACGCCAAACUCGUGUCAGCCGCAAGAAGACUAUGCCCAACUAUUUGCACAGUUAAUUGCACGAUGUGCUAAAGACAUCGACACUUUAAUUGAGUCUCUUCCAAAUGAAGACAGCUCUAUUGAACUUCAAAAUUCCAGUCUCAAGAGACUCGAGAUUGAAAACCAACAAACUGCAAGAGACCUUGAGGAAGUAGUGCAAAAAGGCGAACUUUUGCUAGAAAAAAUGCAGUAUGCUUUGGAAAGCAUUGCUCAGGCUCAAUUAGAUAUGCAAAUAACACUUAAACAUGAUUUGCAAUAGCAGCAAACCAAUUUUUUAUAUAAAGGAAUAA